CUCGACUUUCUUCGUCUCCUGUCUUCCACUCGGCAUCCGCUUCCCGAGCAUCACACACGACAUACUCCAUAUCGCAAUCGAAGUUAGCAGCAGCGGCGGCGGCGGCAACACCCAACGCGUCGAAUUGGCCGGAGCAGGUCUCCGCACAACGCAUCUCAGGAGUCAGGCGCCAGCUUAACCAGCAUCAUGGCUUACAAUAACACCACUUCCUACGGUGGCAGUGGCUAUGGCUCUUCCAACCCUUAUGACACCGACGGCAGCUAUGGCAACCCCCCUCCAGCCUAUGGGGGUGGUGUCGAGAUGCAGCCCCUGACCCACAAUGGCGCUCCCUACUCCUCCACCCCAGAACCGCGCCGCGAUCCAAAUCAGAUCUUGAACGACUGUCGUGCGGUGGGCAGGGCCAUUGACGAUCUUGAGAGUCGAUUGCAAGAGCUGCAAAGGCUCCAGCGCACUUUUGUGUCGAGCGCCGGCGUCUCGAAUAAGGAUGUUGAUGCUCUCAGCGCCGACAUCAUGUCUGGAUAUCGUGGAUUGGCAGAUCGCGUGAAGCGCAUCAAGGGCCAGCCAGAUGCCGGAAACCCGCGAAACAAGCCCCAAGUCGAAGCGCUCGAUAGGAGGAUACGAAAGGCGAUUCAAUCAUAUCAACAGACCGAGGCUGCCUUCCGAAAAGAGGUGCAGGAACAGCAGCGCAGGCAGUUUCUCAUCGUGCGCCCUGAUGCGACAGAGAGCGAGAUCCGUGAGGCUACCGAGUCCGGCGGUGACACACAGAUCUUCCAGCAGGCACUUAUGCAGUCCGAUCGUAGAGGGCAGUCACAGAGUACGCUGCGCAAUGUACAGCAACGACACGACGCCAUUCAGCAGAUUGAGCGAACCAUGAUCGAGUUACAGCAGCUGUUCCAAGACCUGGAUGCAAUUGUCGUCCAGCAGGAUGUUGCUGUUCAGGAUAUCGAGGUCAAGGCCGAGGAGACCUACAAUCACAUUGAAGCUGGCAAUGUACACCUGGAUAAAGGAGUAAGCAGUGCUCGUGCGGCGCGCAAGAAGAAGUGGAUCUGUCUUGGCAUUGUUGUGGCCAUCAUCCUUGUGAUCGUCCUCAUCAUUAUAAUUUACGGUGCUACGGCGGGAGGCUGGUUCAAGAGCAACAACAACAACAACAACAAUACCAACAACACAACGCAGUGAGCUGGGCUCGCGUGAUGUGUUUCAGUAAGAUACUUCCAGUACUUUUCUUGUUUGACGAACCUAUCUACAGAAUAGUGUGUAAUCAGAGAGGUGUAUCGUGAUGAUUCCCAC